CGUGUUUACAGAUUUUAUGAAAAACAAGAAAAUUAAUCCGAGACAUACAUUAUUACAAUUAAAAUUCUUGUAAAGCAACCAUAAUUCGUAUUUUAACGCACAAUAAACUGUAAAUAAAAAUAUUAAAUAAAAUCAAAAUUACUUAAUUUCUUAUUACUCUUUAUCUAACGAUUAUGAAGAAUAAGAGUGAUGUAUAACAUAAGAAAAACAAAACAAAACAUUGCGUCAGCAAUAUAAUAUUGAUGGUUUUUUUUUUGUAUAACCGACUAUUGACAUCGAACUUGCCGAGAACGUAAAAUUUAUAAAUUUAUGUAGUUUUUCUUCAAAUUAAAACGAUUUUUUAUCAACAUACAAAAUGUCGAAAAUAGAUGAAGUAAAAGUUGAAAUUAGUGGCGAAAUGAAUGUUCCCAAUGAGCAACAAAAACUGCAAUUGGAUUUUAGCAGUUUCGCUAACUUUCAAAAAAUUCCAAGCCCAAUGGAUCUAAUACAGAUGACAAGGAAAUAUAUACGCCCAUGGUCUGAAUUUAUUAAUACUUCAAAUUUCAAAACAGCAGCGAGUAUGCCACGUUUAACGAACCGAUUUGUGCGCAAUAUAAGUUACUUCCAAAGCAAUUACAUAUUUAUAUUUGUAUUACUGAUGAUAUACUGUCUAAUCACUUCACCGUUAUUACUACUAAUUUUGGGUGCUGUGGUAUAUGGAUGCCAUAAAAUUAAGAAAGCUCAAAUACCUAUCACUAUUUUUGGACAGCAGCUGGGAACUAAUCAUCAAAUAAUGGUUAUUAAUUUUGCCUCUGUGCCAAUUUUGUAUUUGGCAGGUGCGGGUGCCGCAUUGUUUUGGACAUUAGGCGCAUCUUGUUUCGUAAUCUCACUGCACGCUAUAUUCUACAAUAUUGAUGCUAUCGUAACUGAAGAAAAUGAAGGAUUUCUUUCAGAGGUUGUGUAAAAAAUAUCACGUGUCACAUACGGUUCUUUUACAGAAAUUAACCAUAGAGCGAUAAAAAUUAAUAAAUGCCAAUUUUUUAUACAUAAACACAA